GUAGACAGCCGCUUCCUCCGCUUCUGCAUCUUCCAUCUCCCCCUCUCCGGUUGCCCCUGUCUGCCGCGUCAGCUACGUGUUUUCCCCUCUCUCUCUCUCUCUCCUCCCCCUUUUUCCCUGCCAUGCCCCGGGUUACCUGGCCUCUGCUUGCCCUGCUGUUCGCUCUGCUGCCCGGCUCGGGCAGGGCAUAUUUCCCGGAGGAGCGCUGGAGCCCCGAGUCGCCGCUCCUGGCUCCCCGGGUCGUCAUCGCGCUGCUCUGCCGCAACUCGGCCCACUCUCUGCCGCAGUUCCUCGGGGCCAUCGAGCGGCUCAACUACCCCAAGGACCGCCUGGCGCUGUGGGUGGCGACAGAUCACAACAUAGACAACACCACAGCAAUCCUCAGAGACUGGCUCAUCCAGGUACAGAAUUACUAUCAUUAUGUGGAGUGGCGACCUGAAGAUGAAUCCAGUGCCUUUGAGGAUGAAGUGGGGCCAAAACACUGGAACGAUCUCCGAUACGAACAUGUGAUGAAACUUCGGCAGGCGGCGCUGGACACUGCCCGCGAGAUCUGGGCCGACUACCUCCUGAUGGCCGACUGCGACAACCUGCUCACCGACCGGGAUGUGCUGUGGAAGCUGAUGAGGGAAAACAAGACCAUCGUCGCUCCCAUGUUGGAGUCCAGAGCUGCUUACUCCAACUUCUGGUGCGGGAUGACCUCACAGGGUUACUACAAGCGCACCCCGGCCUACAUGCCCAUCCGCAGACGGGAGCGUCGGGGCUGUUUCGCUGUCCCGAUGGUCCACUCCACCUUCCUGGUGGAUCUGAGGAAAGAGGCCUCCGGUCAGCUGGCUUUUUACCCGCCACACCCCGAGUACAGCUGGGCGCUGGAUGAUGUCAUUAUCUUUGCUUACUCGGCCCGCAUGGCAGACGUGCAGAUGUACGUAUGCAACAGAGACGCGUACGGGUACUUACCGGUGCCGAUGCGUUCCCAUGCUUCCAUGCAGGAUGAAGUGGAGAGCUUCCUGCACACUCACCUGGAGAUCAUGGUGAAUAAUCCUCCUCUGGAGCCCUCCAGCUUCCUCUCCCUUCCUCCCAAGCAUCCAAACAAGAUGGGCUUUGAUGAGGUUUUCAUGAUAAAUCUGGUUCGGAGGGCCGACCGUCGGGAGCGCAUGCUGAGGACUCUGUACGAUCAGGAGAUCAGCUGUAAGGUUGUUCCCGCCGUGGAUGGCAAAGCUCUGAAUACGUCUGAGAUAGAUGCCAUGGGGAUUAAGAUGCUCCCAGGAUACAAAGACCCUUAUCACGGUCGACCUCUCACCAAGGGUGAACUGGGUUGUUUCCUCUCUCAUCACAACAUCUGGAAGGAGAUCGUAGCGCGCGGCCUCCAAACGUCCCUGGUCCUGGAGGACGACCUCCGCUUCGAGGUCUUCUUCAAACGCCGGCUCCAGGCGCUGCUGCAGGAAGUGACGACACACAAGCUGGACUGGGAUCUUAUAUACAUCGGGCGGAAGCGGAUGCAGGUGGACCACCCGGAGAAGUCCGUCCCAAACGUGCACAACCUGGUGGAGGCGGACUACUCCUACUGGACGCUCGGCUACAUGCUGUCUUUGCAAGGAGCCCAGAAGCUCCUCAUGGCCGAGCCCCUGAGCAAGAUGCUCCCCGUCGACGAGUUCCUCCCAGUCAUGUACGACAAGCAUCCGAUUUCAGAGUACAUGGAGCCGUUCGAGCACCGGGACCUGCGGGCGUUUUCCGCCGAGCCGCUCCUGGUGUACCCGACCCACUACACGGGGGAUCAGGGCUACAUCAGCGACACGGAGACGUCGGUGGUCUGGGACAACGAGACGGUGAAAACGGACUGGGACCGAGCCCGGUCGCGCAAGACCCAGGAGCAAGGGGAGCUGAGCUUCGAGGCGCAGAACUCCGACGUGCUGCAGUCGGAGCUGGAGAACGUGAGCGCGCGGGACGAGCUGUGAAGAGGAACGGGAGGAGCGAGGGACGGAGAGCUCCGACACACACCUACACACACACACACACACACACACACACACACACACACACACACACACACACACACACACACGAGGGAGAGAGGACAAAGCUGUGAUGCAGAGUACGGCGAAAAGUAAGGAGGGAACACGACAGACGGCGAUCAAUUAAAGACUGAGAGGCAGAGCUGAUGGAUGCUUAGUUCAUGAGGAAAAAACACUUUUCCUGGUAGAUUUCUCGCGCCACCUAGGGGUCUUUCUCUUGAGAGAUUAGAUUUAGAGUUAACUCUUGAAGAGUCCGCUUACGGCUUAUUUAUUGCAGUUGUCAAACAUGUCUUGCUUGAAGUUUGAUCGCAUUGGUUUUCAUUGCAUAAACUUUUUUAAAAACUGGUGCAAACAUUCAGAUUCUCUCUGUGCAUCUCAGAGCAAAAUAAGAAUUGGAGGAAAAUUGGCCGCUGUUUUCGCAUCUAUGUAUAUUUAGAAAACAUCCUUUGUUUAUUAUACGUUGAUAUCGGAGAAUAUUUUGGGACUACAUUUCAGGCUUUGCAAAACAAUUGGUUCCCAGUUUGUUUUGCGUGGAAUGACUGCAGCUCCUCCGCUGUUUUUAUGCUUGUGAACUCAUGCAUGACUACCGUCUGUGGUCAGUUUUACCCAAAAAAAAAAAAAGAUUUUUGUUUUAAGAGUUAAUCCAAAUGAUCAAAGCAAUAAGAAAAAUUAUUGUUUUUUUUUUUUUUGUGAGGAAGAACAAACUGCUCCAGCUUUCUGUCAGAUUAUCUUUUGACCUUCAGAUUUAUCUGUUUAUACCUGCCUGAUGCCCUAAAAUCUGCGUUUCUCUUCCAUUGUCUCCUGUUUAAUGUAACCCUUAUACAGUCCUUUAGUUUUAAAUGAUGAAUGUAUCUGUGUCUCUUCUUGCCAAAGCAUUUGCACGUCUGGACGGCAGCAGAUGCGAUUAAAGGUCUCAGUGUUUUCUGCUCUUGACUUUGUGCAGAUUUAUUGCGAACCAGCAGCUUUUGUUGCAUGUUUGUUGAAACUAACAAAUAGAGUUUAUUUUUUAGAAAAAAAGGGUGUUUAGUCUCGGCUUUAUCUGCACAUCUGUCCUUUUUUGUUGUUGUGUUUUUUGCCAAAACAUUAAUAAAGCCUUUAUUACGAAUUGCC